UUUUCGUUCCGGACCACGACGUGGCUAAGGUUCACAAUGAUGCCGUUAAGCAGUUCAUUGGUCUUGCGUCUACAUGUCAAGCCUUGAUGAAAUACAAGCACAACGACAAUGACAGGGUUCCAGCGCCUAAUCCUCUGUUAUAACCCUUUCGGCAAUAAUAAGGUACUAUAUAUAACCUUACCAUAUCGUAGUGUGACUGACUGUGUUAUCCUAAUGUAGUUUAUGCAACAGAAAGAUUUUACAUUUAUUCUGCCUGGAGCCCUUCACCGAAAACCCCAAAUAGCACCAUGGGGCUCCUGAUAGUGAUCUCACUCUCAUGGCUCCCAUACCUCAUCUGCGCCCCUGUCAACAACAGUGAUCCUUACGGAUAUGCUCCUUACGUUUGGAUCACGGCCAGCUCAUGCAGCAGACAGACAGGCUGGUGUCAGGGUAGGAGCCAGAGCGGCUUCGCUUUAACCGUAAACAACUACACAAGAACUAGUGACAGAUGCACACACUACUGCCCGGGGAUGAUCUACGCCCACUGGAGACCCUUACGGGAGUCGGUGGCCGAUCUCAAAAAACAUCAAGCCGAAGGCUCCAUACUUGGCGCUUAUGUUAAGAGGUUGGACAGGACCUCCUGUCUAGUGGUCCCAGGGGGGUUCGAUUGUUCAGACCGCGUUGUUGUGGACACCCCUUUGAACAAGGUUUCAAUUCUACUCCACGCCACACCUGCUAACAGAGACUAUUACUUCGGCGGGGACCCCAUGGCAGACUGCGGGCCCGAUCCUCAGUGCUCAGCUUACAAGCUGUUGAGGAGGACGCUACACGCCCCCGACGCAAGCAGAAUAUGGCCCGAGACAGAUGAGGUCCUUACAAUCCGGAACUCACCUUACGCGUGUGUUCUCACCUACAUAGGCCUCGGGGACUCCGAGUCGAUAGGCACAUGUUAUGCGCAACUGGGGGACAAUUGUUUUCAUUCCAAAGGCAACCGGUUCUGCAUAGCCAAUUCCAGAGCACCUGGACUGGGCAUAACCAACGCAGAUAGUGCCGCAUCGGCGCCCAUUGCCAUCUGUGAGGUCUCGAGUGUCAUGAGUCUAAGGAAUCGCGACCCCGCAUACAACCCCACUGCUACAGAGAUCAGGGACUUUAUCACACCCUCCUCCUGUGAUGCCACCAUUCUCUCUCUGAACCGAGCCAUUUACAAGUCAAACUUUCUAUCGGUAGAGCUCGACGUACACACGUUCUACACGGUGGCAGAAGCGAGCCAUGUAAUCAUGAAGGUUAAAUUUGACGAGUGCCUCAUUCCCAUAGCAUCCACAAGCCGAGAUCUUCCCCAGGUCGUGAGCACCGUAGCAGAAACGCUAUCCAAGGUACGAGUGUCCACGCACUCGGCCGCUAUCAUGCUGGACGCUACUGACUGGGGUACGACUGAGUGCCAGGGGUUACAAUGGCAAGGCUCGAAUUUCACCAGGGUUGCAGCAGAUCUCGCAUCAGCCCUCAUCAGAGAGGGGUCGGUGAAACUAUUCCUCAGGCUGCCCAGGUCCCACAAGCUGUUGAGCACCAUAGACCUCUUGCAGCUGGGCUCGUUCGACGCUUUCGUCACACCCCAGGGGUUGGUUGACGUGAAUAAACCUGGCCACUGUCAGAACAUGUGGGCGCCCGGGAGCGGAGACGACACCUCGAAGGGGGUUAUGGCAUACCUCUUGACUAUGCUAAGGCAACAGGUCAGGGCCAACAAGGUAAUCUUCACACUGUCUCUUACAGGGGGACUGAAGAUUAGGCCGCUGGAAAAUAGGGGUUCUCAGCAGACCGAGAUAAUGGGCGAUCUAUCUUUGGCUGACAUGGAAACGAACACUGUGUUAAACUGUGAAGAGAACCUAAGCACCAAGUGCUGCUCCGGGUCCAGUGCAACUCUGUGGGCUAGGAACCUGAUGGUGAACAUCACCGUGACCACUACUUCAUUCGAGAUGCUCAAGCGGUUUCCCGAGCUGGUGGCGGUCGCGUUCGGUGUAAACCAGUUUGUGAUUUCCCCGAUUGAUUCCGAUUUCAAACGAGGCGUUCGAUCCGACACCCCAGGGAUACUGGGUAUCACGUCGGCAGUACACAGGCUCAGGGACUGGAAGAGGCAACAGAUAGCGGCAGGCAUAUCUACUGUCCCAGCAAAGUCUAGCGACAGAAGCAGGCGCUCCGCUUCUGAUGUCAACAACUCAGGGGUGAUGAAGUUGGACGCCGUCCGCAUCCACAUCCCGGAAAACCAAUACAAGGACCCGGCCUCUGGUUCAAAGAACUGUCUCGACCCCCAGUACAACAUAGGUUUGAGUAGCACGAUUGUGUGUCCCGGGCUCAUAGCCGCUCACGGGGCUUUGGGUAUAUUCAAGGAGCCCCACAGGGAGCUCUACAGCACCAGCUACGAUAAAAUCUACAUAGCCGAUUUGUACAAGCUCGAGUCGUGCACACCGGGAGAACCCAGCAACAAGGCCGCUAUCUCAACGACACCUCCUCAGGUCGCAGUGAACAUCAACACAUUCAUCCCCACCACAGAUCUUAACCACUAUAUGGUAGGCAUCCUGGAUUCGGCACGCGUUGUCGAGUAUGCGCCUCCUGUGAACAAGGUGUGCACCGCAUACAACACGGGGGACAUCACACACAGUAUGAACUUGGUGUGGGUGGACGACGGUUAUACUGUCGACAAACCUGUGGUUGAAGCCAAACACGGUGUGAUAGUGAAACCCGUACAAGCUCUGUACUUUGUCUCCAACUUCACCCCGGGCAUGACUAUAUCAACCUGA